GCUGUAUUUGUUUGGCGGGAGUGCAAGGAUUGGGUUUUAGGUUGUCAACACGAUGCGGUAGCUACUGGAUUGGCUAAUUUGUUUGGAAAUAAAGGUGGCAUUGGUAUUUCAAUAUUAUUUGGGAACACUUCUCUAUGUUUUAUAAAUAGUCAUUUAGCAGCUCAUCAAAGUAAAGUUAAACAACGAAAUCAUGAUGUGAAAAAAAUUUCCAAAGAAAUGAAAUUAAAAGGGUUUAAACCGGAAGAUAAACGUGAACCAAAUGUUACUGAUAGGUUUGAUUACGUUUUUUGGUUCGGUGAUAUGAAUUACCGUAUUGACUUACCCAGAGCGGAAGUUGACGAAUUAAUUGCAAAAAAAGAUUUAAAAGUGAAUUUUAAUCCGACUUUUAAAUUUGACAUAACUCAUCGUCUAAAUCAUAAUAAUGAUGAAUAUUCUCCAUCAUCUACAUCUGCUUUAGUUGAUUCAAAUUCACCAAGGUACGAUUCAGGUCCAAAACAACGUGUACCAAGUUGGACUGAUAGAAUAAUUUUUAAAACACGUUUACCUCCAAAACAUGGAAAAAGCAAGAGAAUUGAUGUUGGAAGAUAUACAAGUCAUAUGAAUGUCAUAGGAUUUUCGGAUCAUAGACCUGUUACUGGUAGCUUUUUCGUGGACUUUGAUUGGAAAUCAGAACAAGAACUAUUAGAUCGUUUAUUAUUGGAAAGGGAAAGAUUAGAACAAGAUCAAAUGGACUCUAGUACUAAUAGUGACAAUAGCAAUAGUAGUAAAUCUGGUGGAACAAGAAAGAAAAAAAGUUUUUGGAAAGUUUUAAGAAAAUAA